GUUUGUCAACCAUCAAAUUGUUCUACUUCAAUAGCUGCAUAGAUCUAAAUUUUCUCUAAAAUAAAAACGAAAACACUUAAAAAUUAUCAUAUAAAUAUCACUACGAACAAUUUAAGUAUCAGUAUCAGUAGACAUUAAAACGGUUAACUAAGCAGUAGUGAAGAAUGGCGAUCAGUAACUGUAUUAGUAUCGUGUCUUGCCUUCUCGUUUUAACAAUAUGUUUAACAUCGUGCCGUGAAAUAAACAGAGAAACGGAUGUAUCCGACCUAGAAGCUGCCGCAAGUCAUCACGAUUGGAAGAAAGGCGGAGGGAAAGAGAGCCAUUCGGAUCAUCACAGUAGUCAUGGUGAGAAAGGCGAUAAAGGCUACAAAGGACAUCAUUCCCACGAAAAGGGCUCCAAAGGCCACCACGACAAAGAAGGUCACAAAGGGCACUACGAAGAUCACGGAGGCCACAAGAAAUCCCACCACCACGACGACGGAUAUUACGCCGAGCACCACAAAGGAGACAAGGGAGAAAAAGGUCACAAGUUCGCCGAAAAGGGCAGCUACAAGAAGGGACACAGCACAAAAGGAGGUCACAACAUUCACAAACUAGACGAAUUCAAAAAGGAAAAGCACUUCUUCGACGAGGAUCACGACGAGGGACAUCACGAGAAACACGGAGGAUUUCACCAUGCGGACGGUUACAAGAAAGGUGGACACAAGAAGGGCGGUCACCACAAAGGCGGACAUCACGAGGAUCACUACGGCAAAAAGGGCCACCACGAAAAAGGCUCCCACUAUCACGACGAUAAGGGACAUAAACACGCGGGCGGACACGAAUCGCACUACGAUCACGAUUCCAAGUACGGAAAGAAAGGCGGACACGAAGAUCACAAGAAAUGGGGAUUUAGCAAAGGUCACCAUUGAGGUUGUUGGGUCAGUCCGAUUGGCAUUGUUUGUUGUUGUGUUGAUAACUUGCUGUAGCGAAUGCAAAUAAAUGUUAGUACAUCUAUUUAAAAGAGGUUUUUAGUGCAUUAUGGUACUAUGCGCCUUUGCCCCUUGGGAGAUUUUAAUCUCAAAUUGAAUAAGAACACAACGCGAUGCUGGCACAUCCGUU